CCAUAAAACCAUGUCGCUACCCGUAUUCUGAACAACAGAUCAACUAUAGGCGUUCAAAAAGAUGGCGGACGCGGUCGAUAGUACAUUCCAUGAAAGUUGAAAAACAUCAGAGACUCAACGUGGAACAACAUGCCGAAACUAAACGUACGAGAAGUACUCAUACUGGCAGCGUGUGUAUUCGUCGGGUUUAAUGUAUUCUACCUGGUGGUCGGAAGAGGCAAGGACACAGCUGUUCAAAGUGACAACAACGAACAAGUAGUUAGUCAAGGUGACACGAACGUGAACGUCAAAAGAUUCGAGCAGGAUAGUGCCUUAAAUGUGUUACCAGUUAUCGGAUCAGUGCAAAGCAAUUCUAAUAUCACAGAUGUUAUUAGACAACAGAGAAAUGCAGUAUCGGCAAUGCUAAAUAAAUUGAGUAAAAGGAUUGGGAUACUUCAGUGUGAGAGAAAGAGAGGUACCGCAGCGGCCGGGGGAUAUUGUAGCAGAGGAGGUCAACAUCUGGGAGCAGACAAGACAUUACUUCCGGCAUUGUCGGACUUAUUACAGGGCAAAAGUGUAGCCAGUUUUGGUGAUGGAACUGGAGAAUAUAAAACAAAACUUUUGGGAUUAGGAAAGAUAAAGUCGUACGAUUCAUACGAUGGAGGACCAUUUACUGAAGAGGAAAGCAAAGGAAAUGUUAAAUAUAUGGACCUUACAAUUCCACAUUUUGGACUACCUGUUUAUGAUUGGGUCGUUUCCAUUGAAGUAGCCGAGCAUAUACCAAAGGAAUAUGAGCAGAUAUUUUUAGACAAUAUAUUCAGACAUGCCAAUGAAGGCAUAAUAUUAAGCUGGGCAGUCCCAGGACAAGGAGGGUUGAACCAUGUCAACAAUAAGCCAAUAGAAUACGUUAUUGAAGUAAUGAAUAAACACGGUUUUCAACGUGAUGACACUUCGUCCAAACUGUUGCAAGAAGCUAGCACAUUUCCUCAUCUCAAAAGAAACCUUUAUGUUUAUAAACGACUAGAACUCAUGAAAAAUCUGCAUAUGUUAGCAUAAUUUAAAAAUUUCUAUUUUCAAUUGCUGAACCUUUUAAAGUUUUCCCUAUAUGCUUCUUAUAUGUGACAAGCCGCGAUCUUUGCAGGCUUUGUUAGACAAUAAGUUUUAAUCUACCAAUGAAAGUAUAAUACUACUGGACAGUUCCAGGACAAUGUGGGUUAAACCAGUUCCAGGACAAUGUGGGUUGAACCAUGCCAACAAUAAGCCAUAGAAUACGUUAUUGACGUAAUUAUUAAACACAGUUAUCACCGUGACGACACGUGUCGUCCAAACUGUUGCAAGAAGCCAGUACAUUUCCUCAUCUUAAAAGAAAACUUUAUGUUUAUAAAAUACAAGAACUCAUGAAAAAUCUUCAUAUGUCAUGUAUGCUAGCAUAGUUUAAAAAAUGCUUUAUACUUUUCAGUUAAAUAAACAAAUAUCUCUGUU